CUCGGAUACGCGAACAAUCGGUAGCGAAGGCAGAUGAGGCGCCCAUCAUUGGCAUGCCCCUUGUAUCCGCCUCAACUCAGCACCUUCUCAUCAAUUACUACUCCAUACACGCAACUCGAGUUCUAGAACUGGAAAACACUGUAGAACAAUCUGCACGGCUUCUUUCCCUCUCUUCUAACCCAAAUCUCGUCUCUUCAAGGCUUCACAAGUUCUCAUUGUAGCUGUUGGAUCCCGCGCUGCUGCGCCACUUUUGUCAUUACUGGGCACCUACAACUACCUUGGAAUUAACUACCUAGGUACAAAUUUGCACCAGCGGUUACAACCUCCUUCUUCAGAUUCUCAAGCCAUGGUAUGAGCAUGGGCUCAAGAACUUCCGUCUGCCCUUUCAGCGCUAUAGGAUGAAAGACACUUUGCGAAAGAAGUCCGGCAAGUCGGACUCCAACAACGAAUUCGACGUCCCCUCCAACUCCAGCGAAGCUCCCUCAAAUCCAUGGGCCAGCGAGACUUCUUCAGCCGUUAACGGAGACAUCAUUUCUCGCCAGGUCUCAAAGGCGUCCAAAAGUCCUGACACCAAUUCGCCACAAAGACAGCCUACUCAAGAGCAGGCUUCCUCACCACCGCCAUCUACGUCUAAACUCGAAGUUCCCAGCGGAGAGAACGGCACGGAUGGAACAGAAACCUCAAAGCCAACCCGCCGACGAAAGACAAUAACCAAAAACCCCCACACCUUCGAGCUGGAAGCUGACCUCAAUCCCGUCAAGAAGGAGCAAGCACCUCCGCCGACUCCUGAACCACCAAAGACAGAGACUCCAGCUCCAACACCGGCCCCGAAGAAGAAAAAGCGAGUUUCUCAAGGCCCGCCUCCCGAAACACCCACCACCGUGACAGUCAACUCUGUACCAUCGAUACGACCGACGCCGGCGACUCCUACCUCUCCCAAAGCCAUGCCUGCACCACCAUCUACUCCCGCGGCUUCCGCACAAUCGCCCAUCCCUGCCACCUCUGGACCAACGUCACCAAAACCGCCUUCCGCAACGACCCCUGUCAACCCGUUCACAGCCGCGCACCGCCCCAAAAAAUCCCUGUCAUCUUCCACCACCUCUAACAUAGCGACCUCUAGCAACCCAUGCCGCUUCACCCCACCCCGGCUUCCUGACGAGACUUUUCACGGCAAAGUCAUAGUCCUCACCAACGGCGCCUCGCAGACGGGCCAGGCCCUGAUCCGCCAAUUCCACGCCGCGGGCUGCCGCAUCAUUUUCGGCGACACAUCCUCCGACCAGGCGCGCCGACUCAUCUCCUCCCUUCCGCCACCGCAUGUCGUACAUUUCAACCGAUGCGACAUGACGAGCUACGCCGACAUGCUCGACCUCUUCAAGCUCGCGACAACAAUGUAUGGGCGCGUCGACCACGCCAUCUUCGGAGUCGGCGACGAUGGCGGCCAGGCCCGUUCGGUCGGCGAGUCCGAAAGAGGCUGGUUCGACCACGACAGGCCGGGCGUGAACAAGACGUUCCGCAUGGCCGUCGGUGAAAUCGAGAAGGAACCUCUGGGUCUAGCCGACACCUUGACCGCGAGCAUUCGAUUCGCACGCAUCGCUAUGGCGUACCUCAAAUACUCGCCCAAGUCGAAGCAGAAGAAGAAAAUGCCGCUCAAUCCGUACGCGAGUCUCCCGCGGCCCGAGGAUGACACUUGGGCUUCGACUUCGCCGGGAAAAGAUGACCGGAGUUUGACUUUUGUCACGAGCGUCGCGGCCUUCAAAGAGACGCCCGGCCUGCCGAUUUACCAGGUCACGCAGCACGGCGUCUUGGGCCUUGUCAGGAGUCUGCGCAGCACCGUCGAUCCUGACCCCGAAAGAGAUGGCGUCCGGAUCAAUGCUGUCGUCACGAAUGUCAUGGUGCCGCGGGCGCUGGCGCAGACUGGUGGCCGGAUGAGUGUGCAGUUGCCGCCUGACCGGCCAGAGGAUGUGGCGAGGGUGAUUGCCGGCGUCGUGGCGACGAGUAAUGCGACUUCUGUGAGUACUACGACGAGCGAAGGGAGCGAGGGGGGGACGGGCAUGACCAAUGGGGGCGGAAUAUGGUAUGAGAAAGGGUUUGAACGCGGUGUGAGGGAACGCUUUCUCCAUGGACGCGUCAUCUAUAGUGUCGGCGCUGAGUGCUGGGAUGUGCAGGAGGGCUUGGAUAGAAGUGAGUCUGUUUGGAUCGGGACGAAGCCAGCCGAGGCGCUGAACAAAGGGAUUGGUGGGCUGAGUGGUGGCUUGGGAGCCGGUAGGAUCGACGGAGAAGGUAGUAGUUGGAUCUUGGAUUUAGCGUAGCGUAGCGAAGAAAUACACACGGGAAUGGGAAGGCAACGAAAAGAGAGAAAAAGUAUGUACAAUGCCGGCUUCGGGUAUAUACAGUCUAAAAAUGUACUCUUCCAGAGUGAGC